CUAAUGUCAUUAUUUCACACUAAAUUUAUGUAUUAUAUCAUCAAACCCUUUAAUUAUAUUUCAUGAUAGUUUUAUUCAUACAAAAUGUUUGCGACCUCGUUCAAAGAAAUCCUCGUCAAAGUGUUCCCAGACAACGAAAUUGUAAGUCACGAAGUCUUCCCAAUUUUAUCCGCUGGGGACAAUUACGGCGUAGAAGUGCUUGGGGUGUCAGUAUCAACAAAAGAUAAGAGCACAAAUGAAGACAAAGUAAUUCACGGUGUGGUGAAAAUGAUACCAGAAGACUCCAAAAACAGAGUGGCAACCAGAUCAAACGACUCAUUUCUAAACGAAAUCAUAUUCUACAAUAGAGUAAUCCCGGCUUUGGAACAGUUUAGGCUCGACAAGAAUGCCGUUUCGCCCAUUAAGUUUUUCCCAAUAUAUUAUGCAGCUUAUGCAAAUUUGGACGAUAAAAACGAAGUCAGUCAAUCGUUGUUGUUAAUUGAAAACCUAACCAAAAAUAAUUAUGUGAAGGUGCCACGACAUUUGGGAUUUGAUUUAGAUUCCGCCAGGAUGGUUUUGAACGAUUUGGCGCACUUUCAUGCCAUAACUAUAGCUUGUAAGAUCCUCGAACCCAACAUAUUUAACAAGCAAAUUAAACCCCACCUUAAGGGGGUUUAUUUCGAGAAAAAUCUACCCGAUACGAUUUACGAAAAGUACUACGAAGACUGCUUUCAAAUCCUGCACAACAAAAAGCUGUGCAAUAUAUACGGAGAUCGAGUCAAAGCAAACCUAAAAAAACCAAAUAGAGGCAAAAUUAACGAAGACUUUGCCACUUGCACACACGGAGACUACUGGAUUGACCACAACCUGCUGCAAUUUGAAGACGUCCAUCCGAUGGCCCACAAAAUGCUCAACUUCCAAAAAUGCGUCUACAACUCUUUGACCGACGAUUUAAUAUUAUUUUUGUUCACAAGCAUAAACAACAAAAUUCUAGAAUCCAACUUUGAAGAUUUUCUGCAUUUCUACUUCUUGAAGUUUAUCGACUUCGUGGAGGAAUUUAAAAUUAAGCCCAAGUGGACGGUGGCACAAUUUGAAGCAGAAUUACGUUUCUCAGCUCAAAAAGCGCUUUUUACUAGGUGCAUUUCUAUGGUAUACCCCAUGUGUAGAAGCAUAGAAAGAUUUAACCCAAACGACAAUAUAAAUACUUUUCCGUUAAGCGAAGCUCAUAAAGAAAAAAUUGUGCUUAUUAUACUGUUGUUUGCAAGUAAAAAGUGGAUAUGA